CUAUCCGAUAAUCGAAACCAAAUAACUGAAACCUAUUUCGACGGCUAUAACCAAAACUUGUUCGGAUAUGAAACCUGCAGUUGAAAUAUGGAACGAGAUGAUGUGAAACUACUGGAGAAUAGUUUUGAGAACUCAGGUUCCUCUAGUGGAAAUGAAAAGUACGGAUCUUUCCGAAUACCUGAUGCGCAACUUGAGGCAUGGAAAAAAAGGAAAAAUUCGCCGGAUAGAAUCGAGGAUCCAAUACCAAGCGCGAAACAAAUCAAACUUUCAUGGAGCGACUUGAAUGCUAUAGGGAAUUUUUCAUCGUAUGGAAGAAAUGAAAGACCAAGGCAUUCCAUAACAAGUAUGCUACAGGAGGACAUUUAUCCACUUUACGAAGAGAAGCAUAUAUUGAAAAAUGUCAGUGGCGUAGCUUACCCAGCAGAACUCUUGGUGAUUUUAGGACCGAGUGGAUCUGGAAAAACAACAUUAAUGAAUUGCAUCACAUCCAGAAAUCUCCGAAGUCUAAAUAUUUCUGGUUGUGUGUGCCUCAAUGGAAAACAGGUGCAUCGAAAGGAACUUGCUGCUAAAUCUGCUUACGUUCAACAAGAAGAUCUAUUUAUCGGUUGUCUGACAGUUAGAGAGCAUCUGAUGUUUCAGGCCCUCCUGAGGAUUGAGUCACGAUUUUCAUACGAGCAUAAACUUGACCGAGUGGAAAAGGUGAUUUCAGAGUUAUCCCUCACCAAAUGUCAAGAUUCCCAAAUAGGCGUUCCUGGAGUGAACAGCCACCUCUCAGGAGGAGAAAGGAAGCGUCUUGCUCUUGCCUCAGAACUACUGACAAAUCCUUCGAUAUUAUUUUGCGAUGAACCUACAACAGGACUCGAUUCAUUUAUGGCACUGAGUGUUGUUCACAUUUUAAAAUAUCUCGCACAAACAGGAAGAACAGUGAUAGCCAGCUUACAUCAACCUUCUUCAGAACUAUUCACCUUGUUCGACAAAAUCUACUUGAUGACAGACGGCAAGUUAGCCUUCGCAGGAAAUACUGAGGAAGCGAAGGAGUUUUUCACACAAUUGAAGAUGCCCUGUCCUCCGAAGUUCAAUCCAGCAGAUCACUAUAUUCAAAUGAUCUCUAUUAUUCCAGGAAAGGAGGAAAUAUGUAAAUAUUCCACUGCGAGAAUCUGUGAUGCUUUUGAGAAUUCCACUAUAGGUGUGCGAAUGAAACAACAAAUACAGUGUAAAAAAUCCUUCAACGAGUUUCCUUGGAAUGAGAAUAACGAUGAAGUAAGUCCUUAUAAGGUUUCUUGGUGUGAACAGUUCAACGCUGUAUAUCGGAGAUCCUGGUUAUCUCUAACGAGGAAUCCUCAAGUUAUGAGGGGAAGAAUUAUUCAGAUGUUGUUCGUUUGUGGGCUCAUCAGUGUUUUAUUCUGGCAGCAGCAUCUCAAUCAGACAGGUGUGAGGAAUAUUAACGGUGCAUUAUUCUUGAUUCUGACGAACUCUAUAUCUGUGAAUUUUCUGGGAGUUAUAUUCACAUUUUUUGAUGAACUUCCGGUCUUUGUGAGAGAACACAAGAAUGGUUUGUACAGAACCGAUAUCUACUAUUUGUCCAAGAUAGCAACUGAUUUUCCACUAUAUUCAAUAAUCAACUCAAUUGGCAUGACCAUGUGUUAUUUCUCAAUUGGACUCUACCCUGAAACGUCUAGAUGGCUUGUUGCGGUAGGAUUUAUUAUAUUGACACCAUUAGUUGCAAUGGGAAUAGGUUAUGCUGUUUCUAUUGUUGCAACUAGCAUGAACGAAGCUUUCAGUUUGACCGCCUUGAUAAUGGUACCUUUCAUACUAUUCAGUGGAAUAUUCGUGAACAUACGGUCUAUUCCCUUGUGUUUGCGAUGGUUAUCAGAUAUAUCCUGGUACAGAUAUGGAUUUGAGGGCUUACUGAUAAACCAGUGGGAUGGAGUGAAGAGUAUUAAAUGUAAAAAUGUCACCAUUCCUUGUCCUUUGGAUGGGGUUACAAUACUAGCCGAACAGGGUUAUAGUCCGGUUGAUUUUUGGGACUGUGUUGUCUUACUCAUCCUGAUUGCAAUCAUUACAUCCAUUAUUCCCUUGAUAAUGCUACUUUAUCGAGGAUGUCAUGAUGAAUAGUUUGAAAAAAGGUU